CUUCUGCGACAAGCGGAAAGUCCACAAAAUGUCUCUUUUACGUGUGUGCUGUACUGCAGCGAGAGGUUUUGCUAGCAGGCGAGUGUUUUUAGAGUCGACUAUAAAUACUGCAGGUCUCAGGCCAGCAGGAUAUGCGUCCGGAGGGGUGACCAAAGAUAAAGAGCCUUUAAAGAAAGCCAAAACGCCACAAGGGCGCUUUGACAUGGAAGAAACUGAAUCCAAAUCAAAAGAUGUGCUUGAAAGAUUUCCAGAUGAUGUAAAUCCAGAAACUAAGGAGAAGGGUGGCCCCAGGGGCCCCGAACCUACACGAUAUGGUGACUGGGAAAGAAAAGGCCGUUGCAUUGACUUUUAGUUUCGGCCGCUUAAUGAUAUCUAAAUCUAUUUAUUUAAACAUUUUAAUUAUUUGAAUGCAAUAAAUUAUAAUGUACACAAUAUCUGUACCAGAAAUGGCAUAGCCUAUGUCUCUUCUGAUUGUAUGGGCCUACUUUGUAGUGUGAUUAAUUUUGUGUAAAGUAGUUUGAAUUACUUGAAUGAUUCUAUUUGGUUUCUAAUGGACAGUAAGAAAAUUUAAUUCUUAUCUAUUUGAAAGGAGGAAACGUGAGUGUCUUGAGUGCCUGAAAUGUUUAAGAAAUAAACUUGUUCAGACAUGUUGGUCAUUUACU